AUGAGCCCCAAAGAGAAAAUCACAAGAGAAGAACUACAGAAUGCAAUCGAGGAAGUCGACAAUUGCCCUUUAAACUUAAAUGAUGAAUGGUAUAUGGUUGCAAUGAAAUGGUGGAAACAACUGACAUUGGCGCUUAACAAGGGCUUUGUCGAAGAUGUGCCAAAAAUUGAGAAUGCUAGCGUUUCUGAAAUGAAGGAUGGUCAUUAUUUUUUGAGACCCCAUCUUGUCGAGAAAUUGGAUUACAUGCUCCUGCCACAAAAGACCUUUAAUCUAUUGCUCAAUGAAUUUGGGGUAGAAGAUGAAAACCGUGAUGUAAUACAACGAAAGGUUGCUCUUGUUAAAGCGGUUCUACCGGUUUCGAUGGAGGAUAACGUUAAAACUCUGAGUGCAAAAGCCGCUCAGGCUCUUGGCGUGGAAGAAAUUCCCCACAACAAAUUGCGGUUUUACAUUUAUCAUCAGGAAAAUGAUCGUUACGAGCUGUUAAAUCUUGAUAUGAAGCAUAGCUGCGAGCAUUUCUUCUCUUUUAAUCAAUUGCUUUUGGUAGAUGUUUUGGAUGACAAAGGUGUUGGGUUUGUUCAACAAUCUCUCAAUCGCUCUAAUGGAACAUCAAUCAAUGGAAGCUCAAGUUACUCUCGUCUACCAUCUCAAAUCCCCGGCGUCUGUGGUCUACAAAAUCUUGGCAACACUUGCUUUAUGGCAUCCGCCAUUCAAUGUUUAUCCAACGUGACGAUUGGAACGUUUGCGCCUCGUUUCAGUGGUUAUGCUCAACAAGAUUCACAAGAACUCAUGGCUUUUCUCCUUGACGGGUUACAUGAAGAUUUGAAUCGUAUCAAACAAAAAACCGUACAACGAAGAGGAGGAAAAUACCGCCAAGAAGCCGGAAGACGAGUUGGCGCAAUUGCAGUGGGAGCAGUA